UCGAGCCGUGGGGCGAGCGGAGUCGCUGCUGGGGCGGUUGCAGGAGGAACCGCUGAGUCCCGCCGUCCUCCCCGGCCCGUCCCCGGCCCGAGCUCCGCCGACGGCCUCCGCCCGGUGUCCCCGUCCCCCUCGCCGCAGGCCGUCCCGGCCCGUGGAGAGCCAUGCCGCUCCCCGACACCAUGUUCUGCGCGCAGCAGAUCCACAUUCCGCCCGAGCUGCCGGACCUCCUGAAGCAGUUCACCAAGGCCGCCAUCCGCACGCAGCCCGCCGACGUGCUGCAGUGGUCCGCGGGCUAUUUUUCAGCUCUGUCCAGAGGAGAUCCACUUCCAGUCAAGGACAGAAUUGAAAUGCCCGUGGCUACCCAGAAAACAGACACAGGCCUGACACAGGGGCUUCUGAAAGUCUUGCACAAGCAGUGUGGCCACAAGGAAUUCGUGGAAUUAGAUGACCUUGAGAAGAAGUGGAAAAAUUUGUGCCUGCCUGUGGAAAAAUUCCGAGCGCUCCUGCUGCUGGACCCUUGCACCAAGAGGAUAGAGUGGAUGAAGUUCUUAGCACUGGGCUGCAGCACCCUGGGUGGGUCGCUGAUCACCGCCAUGAAGCAUCUCUGCGAGAUCCUCACCAAGGACCCCGAGGGAGGCCCUGCUCGGAUCCCAUUCGAGACUUUUUCCUAUGUCUACCGCUACUUGGCCAAUUUGGACCCUAGCAUCUCUUCCUCUGAGAUGGAAUCCUAUCUUGCUAGUUUAAAGGGGAAUGUAGAAGCUAGAAAGAAUGGCAUGAUAGGACUUUCUGAUUUCUUUGUUCAAAAGAGGAAACUUUAGAAAACCUUGAAGAGAAAUCUCUGCAGAUGUGGACCAUUAAUACAGAGAAGAACACAUUCUAAUGUUGAAAUUGUGCUUUUGGAAAACCUUGGCACCAAAUACAAGUUGUCAUAAACCACUU